AUGCACAACAUUGUCAUUUUUGGGGGCUCUUCGCACCCAGACUUAGCGAGUAAAAUUGCCUCUCGUUUGGGGUUAUCGCUUGGGCGUGUUACACUUUCAAAAUUUUCAAAUAAAGAGACCAACGUAGAAAUUCGUGAAAGUGUUAGAGAGCAAGAUGUUUACAUAAUCCAAUCAGGCUGUGGGCAUGUCAACGACAAUUUCAUGGAACUUUUGAUCAUGAUUUCAGCGUGCAAAAUUGCUUCGGCCGCAAAGAUCACUGCUGUGAUACCUUGUUUUCCAUAUGCAAGACAGCCUGACGUUCCUUUUAAAAAAGACGGUACACCUUUAUCACGGCUCCCUAGAAAUGCUUUUAGAGGUAAUAACUUUGAAAAUCCUUAUGAUAGCUCUGCGCCAGUAACGCCCGCAUCAGAAUUUAAAGAUCCAUUGGAUAAAAUCGAAGGUCAAAGUUCGUACUCAAAUUGCACUGAUUCGUCCCGAUCUGGCAAUGGAAUUCGUAGUAUUGGAGGUUAUAAACAAUGGAUUGCUCGCUCAGGAACUCUCAUCGCUAAUCUUCUAACUUGUGCAGGUGCUGACCAUAUAAUGACAAUGGAUCUUCAUGAUCCUCAGUUUCAAGGCUUUUUUGAUGUCCCUGUUGACAAUCUUUACGGACAGCCUUUGAUGAUUAAGUGCAUAAAGCAAAACAUUUUAAAUUGGGAGCAAGCGGUAGUUGUUUCCCCAGAUGCUGGUGGUGCUAAAAGGGCUACAGCAAUCGCAGAGAAACUUAGAAUGGACUUUGCUCUUAUUCAUAAAGACCGCCGAUCUCAAAAUAAGCCAUAUAAGACUGAUAUGAUGCUUGUUGGUGAUGUUAAAGAUAAAAUCUGCAUUCUUAUAGAUGAUAUUGCGGAUACCUCUUAUACGAUUACUAAAGCUGCAAAGAUUCUUCACGAGAACGGUGCUCAAAAAAUUUACGCUAUUAUUACACACGCAAUCAUGAGCGGUGACGCCAUUCAACGAAUUCAAGCAAGUAAUAUCGAUCAAAUUUUUGCGAGUGAUAGUAUUCCACAAGAUGAACAUCUAGCGCAAUGUCCUAAAAUGAAUGUGUUUAGUGUUGCUCCUUUGUUCGCUGAAGCUAUUAGGAGAACACACAAUGGUGAAAGUGUUAGCGCGUUGUUUGAGAUUAUGAAUUGA